CUUACUACUUAACUAAUGUGAUCCAUCUGGAUUGUUAAAAUGGUAUUAAAUAGCGAUAACCGUGCAACUGUAUGUAUGGCAAGUUUCGCAACGGUAAACUUGAUACCGAUAGCCUCAGGAAAUAAACUAAAAUACCACAAGGUGGCGUAAUUUUACCAGAUACACGGUACAUACAGCAAUUUUCCAUAGCCGCAUGCUGCUCAUGAUUGACAGAACUUCAACAGCCGUCUUUGACUGAAGCAGAAGAGGCGAAUGUAAAUUAUUUUGUAAUUUGAUUUUACUUUUUUAAGGAUAGUUUUCAUUUAUCGAUAUUACAAGUUACAGAAGCUCUGACGGAACAAUUUUAAUCCAUUGAAGGGUCAUAUGCCGCGAUACUACGCAAUUUCACGUCAGUGACAUCCUAUUCGCUUUGUAUUAGUGCUCGGCCGCACAUGGGCAACUACUGUACAGAUCUCAUAGUAAAUAAUCCGGCCUCCCAUGAGUCCCUGUGCACCCAAACAUUAGCUGGGAUCAUGUAGUUUAUGUGACAUCAGCACACAUUUGAGUCAGAGGAGUUUUUUUCACAUCUGACAGAAAUAAUCCCUCCAUCCAUGCCUUAUUCACUGUCUAAGGCUAAUGGGUCCAAGUUGUGAAUGACGAAAUUGUCUAGCCAACGACUGUCCAUCAUGGAUUCGUUUAAACAUCAAUCCGUUUAAUUUCAUACGAUGUUAACCAACUCAACUAAUUAUUGAUAUGCAGAGAGAAACUGUGUGACAGAGAGCGGGUGACACAUUAAAGGAGUACUAUGAGAAAUGCAGUAUGAAGAUGAGCGAGAUUCCCCAUCCUCUUUGAUGAGAUAUUUACAAACUGUGAAUGGUCAUGGAGCCUAAGGACCUAAACCUUGUUCUCAGCUGGAAAACCAAUGCUCUGAAGAAACACAAAAAGCACUGAGGCAGCCCUCACUCCAGGUUCAACCGUCUAAGUGUGAUGUGGCCAUGGAGAAGGCAACCACGGCAGACUACUUGCUCCUCACACCUUGUGUGCCGGAGAGGGCCGAAUCCCAGACCCUCGAUCCAGACGCGAAGAACCUCCAACCGCCGUCCAGCCUGGGUCCUGCCACCACCGCCCCUACCCUCGCCUCACCCACCCCAGGCGCCCUCCUGCUUCAGCGGCAGCCCUCGUCCCAGGGCUUUGCGGUGUCUGCCUUGCAGUCCAAGAUCAAGGCCCUGUCUGAACGCCACAUGGCUGCAGGGAGCGAGGCCUUCGAGGUUGGCGUGAAUAAGAAGGCCUCCCCUGUGGCCUCUUCCCUUUUCAGUCCUGUGUUGGUGAGUUGGGGCUCCAGCAGUAGCGACGAUGAUGCAGACUCCCAGUGUUCCACAUUCCGUCCAGUGGUGCCGGACAGCCCGGUGGAGGGUUUAGAUGUGGCUGGGUUGGACCUCUGCCUGGGAGCACUCCCACGCGGGCUGGGCGAGGGCUCCAGCCUAGAGAAUCUGUCUGAUGUUAGCGCCAGCGCUAGUUCCUUGGAGGAUAACUUCAGCUGGGCUAGCGCAGCUAAACCCUGGGCCAGUCCUGAGGGCUUGUGGAAGGCCACCGGGCCCGAAGCCCUGCUCCAGACCGGGGAUACGCCCCCGGCCCCAGGCACGCCCCAGAUGGGAAAAGCUCAGAGGCAAGGCGGAAUUCGCAGGGAUCUGCUUCGCAGGGACAGCCUGGAGGCUCUGAGGGGAUGCCUGGGUGAGCUGGGGUCCCAGAGGCAAGUGGGAGGCCUGUGGAGGCCUGACAGCCUGGACAGUAUGUGCAGCAGUGGUAGCUCCAUAUCUCUAGCAGAGAGAGUGGAGAUGAACCGGGGCCUCCUUAAGCAGAUGCUGAACAAGAGCCAGGGGCCAGAACCAGGGGCCAAAACAACCGUAGACAAAGAGCAGAGGGCAGAAGAGGUGGCCCAGUGCAACGAACAAGGUUUCAUUGCUCUGAAUGACAGCGACUGGGACUCAGGCAUUUCCCUCCAAGACAGCGAGCACAGCAAGAGUGUGUGUGACGGUGUGUGUGCGGCCUCCAGGGCCUUUGUGUCCAGCGAGGACCUGCCGCUGAGUCCGCGCCAUGAGCAGGCCAAGCGUCUCCUGGAGAGAGCCCGCAUGAAGGCCCGCUCGUUCCCACUGAAGGCCGACCACACCAUCCUACCCCCCCAGAGAGACGCCCCGGAGCAGCUGUCCCUGGUUGGAGCAUCCUUGCACCGGGCUCUUCUGGCGGGGAAGGGCGUUGCGUCGGUGUCGUCGGUGACGGUUCCUGCGGUUACCACACUGUCUGGGAACCUCAGCGACUCAUCGAGCGGCGACUCGGCCUGCGCUCCGCGCCGGCGCCGUGGCCCCUCGCCGACGAGAGUCCGCUUUGAGGACGAAUCGGAGAAAGACGCGGAGGUACGCUACCUGGAGAGGCUCCGUCAGAGGAGGAGGGCAGGUGAGAGGGCCCAGGGCCUGCUCAUAUCCAAGCCCAGCCUCUCUUCCUAUGUGAACGGGCGGAGGGACACGGAUUCCGCUAACGGGAAGGUGAUCGAACGAGGGCGCUGCCCGGAAAGCGCCUCCUUAUGGCACACGGGCCCCAGGGCACAGGGAGCCUGCCUGAACGGGGGCAGUAAGGGACGUCUGAAAGCCCUAGCGGCACAGGAGGCGCUGAACAUGCAGUGCAACUCGUGUGGGACCUUCCUGGAAGGUGGGAACCCCACCCCAAACCGUCAUGCGAAUCCUUCGACCGGGUCAGGACAGAACAGCUGGUUGAACGAUGAGGGGAAGGAGCCCGGACGGACGCUGCGCACGGAGCUGAUCAAGGAGACGUACAUUGGGAAGGUCACCCCAGGUGAGGUGGCGGACGGCGAUAGGAUAGCGACCAGUUCGGCGGGAGGGACAGACACUAGUGGGAGUGUUCAGGCGAUGAAGGUGAGGAGGCGAAGUAGGAGAGGGGAGAUUUUGUGCACAAAUGGGCAUGGAGGGCGGGUCACGGUGUCGCCAACCCCACCACCACCCAGGCCCAAUCACAGCUUGCCGCCAGUGAGCUCAUCCAAUCACAGCAUGGCACCAGUGAGCUCAUCCAAUCACAGCAUGGCACCAGUGAGCUCAUCCAAUCACAGCAUGGCACCAGUGAGCUCAUCCAACGGUUUUGUGGUAGUGCCGCCCAACCCGUACGCAAUUGAACAAGUGUCAAAUGUGGUGGGCUUGCCCAUCCACUCCCCCGCCCCCCCCCACAAAAACACAAACAGCCCCCCGUGCCUCAAGGGCAUCCCCUCCCCACCCUCCGCACUGCCCAUCAAAUCAGCUCUGAAAACAGGACCCAAGAGCAGGCCUAAUGGCCAGCGACCAGUUAAACCCACGCCUUCAACACAGCACCACUUUGUACCCCAAGACUCCCUGGAGGACCAGGAGAGAGGGGCCCCACCAAGUCCCCAAAUCGAGCGUCCUAUUGGGGUAAACCAUGGCGUGGAAGUGGCCUCCUUGGGGCUGACCUCCAUCACGGGUACAACGGCGCCCUGUAUCAGGCACGCCUCCCUGCUGAAGACACCCCCAUCGCCAGCUGGGACGACAGUGGGGAAGAUGGGCAACCCUGAGCCAGAGGCACCAGUUGAACAGCAUCAUCUAGGAAUGGGAGAGCUCAGUCUUGAAAGAUCCAGCAUCAUAACCCCGCCCCCUUACCGCUCUGGGGGUAACGGACGGGUCAGGGGACCAAUGAGAGCGGAGCAUCAGAGGGAGGACAGCCCAAGUCCUACUCAGAGGGUAGGUACAGAGGAUGAACAGCGGGAGGGCAGGCCCAAGCUCUCUCUGCGUCGUUUCUUCUCAGCCUUCGGCCUGAAUGGAGUGGGGAAGCUUGGUAAAGGACGCUCGAGCAGCAUGGAACAGCUCAGCAUCCAGCCCCGGGGCAACCCCCCGGCCUCUUCUGGACCCAGCUCAACCUCCAGCCCUGGCUCCAGUCCCGCACAGCCAGAGUCCAACCAGCUGAGGAAAGCUCCCUCGCUCCAGUCCCUCCGCAUGGGGUCUCCUUUCAUGCAGCUGAGGAAAUCGUCAUCAGUCCAAAAUUUACAGUCGUGGAAGAAGGGAGACCGUUCCAGUGCCUACAAACCAGGAGAUCAACCCCGUAGCCCUGCUCUCAGUAGGGGGCUCCAGAGGGCUCUGAGUGUGGAAGAUGUGGGCGGCCCCAGUGGGAUGCGUUCGGUGGGCAGGGUGGCCCAGGCUUUUCCUGACGGAACCUUUCUGCUGGAACUCAGCAGACCCCCCGACGGACCCUUCGGCUUCCUCAUCUCUCGGGGAAAAGGACGACCAGACUCAGGUGUGUACGUGGAGGAGAUGUGCGACAGCAGCACAGAGAAGCUGUAUGCCGGGCUGCUGGGAGUGGGAGACGAGUUGCUGGAGGUGAACGGCGAGAAGGUGGCAGGCCUCAGUCUGGACCUGGUGACACACCUCAUGACCCAGGGCGGUGUGACCUCCGUCCGCGUGCUCCGACACAGGAGGCCGCCCCCUCCACGCUAGGCGACCACGGAACGCUGCGGUAGCACCACAAAGGCUUUGUCAAAAGGCAACCGGCAGCUCCAUGGCAACCACAAACGCAGAGGACAACAGAAACGCCAUGGAAACCUGGGGUCUCUGGGGCAGACGGGGAGAGGUGUGUGACUAUCUCUGAGGCCGCUGUGACAGUAGUAAUGUCCAAACACAGCGUUGCUCUUCUGAGGGCACACGUCAGGAUUUCUGAAACGAUUGGCUACCUUUUCUAUAUGGUUCAGACCGAGUUGCUCUACGAGAUCUACUCCCCUUCUCUCAUGUCCUGUCUUUUUUCCUGAAGGUCUGAAGGGCUCCUUACCUGACCCACUCUCAGGGGAGUUAAGUUAUGCAAAAACAGAUUGUUUAUGUGAAACAGGACAAAUAUUACCAUCUCUGUUUGACUUCUUAUUAGAUAACACAAAUGAUCUAAUAGUUGACACCAUUGAAGCUUACUUAUCAAAGAAGAUACUUUGCUUUCUCUUUGUGGAUUAAGAUCCUCUUAGCUGAAUAAGGUUUUUUUAGUCAUAGACUAGUCUUGGAUAUGAACUGAGGAACUAAGGAGAUGAAGCACUCUCAAUAGUAUGAAGUAUUAGUGUAUGACGUAUUACAAUAAAUGAAGGAGAUGGUGUGUGAAGUCUGACCAAUGAUAGGUCGGUUUUCUUCCUAGCCCGAGUGCCAGUCUAUUUGUGCUUUAUAGCUUGUCUCUGACAAGGUUCACAAAUGUAAAAUGAGUCAGGCACCCAUGCUAAGGUAUGACUACUCCAAAGAAUGAGGUGCCGCUCACAACCACAUUUCCGCAGUCGUCACAGUAAUGAGACUUUGAAGUAACUGCAUUACUAAUUCCUCCCUGAACUCUAGUGUGACUGUGUUCUAUCAUAGACAUUAUCUAUAUUCACCAAAAAAAAAAGCCAAUGUGCAUAGCCUGAAUCUCUUCCAUGUUGUGUAACUGUCAUCAUUCAGAGUUGAGCAACAAAACUAUAUCCAUGUUAGAUUGUACCAAUCUAUCCUCCACUUUCCUCUCUGCUCGUGUCAGCUUGCCAAACAAAGUAGAAUACAUUUGUUGCCGUUUCACCAUGCACUUGUUCAGUAACCAAAUAGGAUUAAGUUCACCUCAAAAAGCUACUCAUUGUGAGUGAGCCCCUAGUUUUAUCAGAAACCUGCUCCCAGGUUUGUUUGUGCCAUCUUCCUAUGGUCAUUGUCAGGCCUGAUCUGGGACCAGGCCAUCUUAUCAUUGGUCCUUAUUACGUCUUCCUAUGGUCAUUGUCAGGCCUGAUCUGGGACCAGGCCAUCUUAUCAUUGGUCCUUAUUACGUCUUCCUAUGGUCAUUGUCAGGCCUGAUCUGGGACCAGGCCAUCUUAUCAUUGGUCCUUAUUACGUCUUCCUAUGGUCAUUGUCAGGCCUGAUCUGGGACCAGGCCAUUUUAUCAUUGGUCCUUAUUACGUCUUCCUAUGGUCAUUGUCAGGCCUGAUCUGGGACCAGGCCAUCUUAUCAUUGGUCCUUAUUACGUCUUCCUAUGGUCAUUGUCAGGCCUGAUCUGGGACCAGGCCAUCUUAUCAUUGGUUCUUAUUACGUCUUCCUAUGGUCAUUGUCAGGCCUGAUCUGGGACCAGGCCAUCUUAUCAUUGGUCCUUAUUACGUCUUCCUAUGGUCAUUGUCAGGCCUGAUCUGGGACCAGGCCAUCUUAUCAUUGGUCCUUAUUACGUCUUCCUAUGGUCAUUGUCAGGCCUGAUCUGGGACCAGGCCAUCUUAUCAUUGGUUCUUAUUACGUCUUCCUAUGGUCAUUGUCAGGCCUGAUCUGGGACCAGGCCAUCUUAUCAUUGGUCCUUAUUACGUCUUCCUAUGGUCAUUGUCAGGCCUGAUCUGGGACCAGGCCACCUCAUCAUUGGUCCUUAUUACAUUCCUGCUAGGCUUUCAAACACCCCUGAUCUGGUUCUGAACUCAAGUGUUUUGUCUAUCAAUAGAAAAAGGGUUUACCAAUGCUGCUUUUGUUACUGUCAUUACCUGAAUGUGUUGUAUGCAAAGCAAUAACUGCCAAAGUGUUAGAUUGAUUAUUUAAAACCACAAGGUCAACAUCAUCGGCACAUAGAACAAUGAGAAAAUAAAUGAAAGCUGUUGUUGAGAAAACCAUUGCCAUUGGUCAAGACGUGUAGUAAAUUAGCUUGAAAUGUCCAUUGUAUUUAUACAAGGUAUUUUAGAGGUCCUUCUAUACAUGGUGCAUGACUAGAGGAAAGCACUGAAAGUAUUGACAUCUGAAGAAUCAUUUUACAUUUUUCAUCUGUAUUAAAGUGUACAAAGAACAGAGACUUUCAUGUCACUCAAAAUGUGUAUUUUGUUACUUUUAUUUAUAUCUAUGGUCCAAAUGAAAUAAAAGGUGUACCAAGCA